AACAAGCGGCAUUAUUGACGCCACGAAGAAAGGUUAUGGAAUUCAAGUAGCAUGAAACUAAUCGCAAUCUCAAACUCAGCUUCUGUAUUGCCGUACGUUAAUUGUGGUUGUUCAUCUUCCAAGAUUGUUGCCCAGAAGAACAAGAAUUCCCAAUCUGCUAAGGGUUCUGAGCCUCCUCCAGCCAGGAUUACAUCAAAUGUCAAGCAAAACUUGCAAUUCUUGAAGUUAUGGAAGGAAUAUCAAAAGAGAAAAUCUGGCGCACCCAAACCUGCUACUAGUUACCGUAGGAAAAAGGUGGAAAAAGAUGACCUUCCAGAUGAUGAUACCGAGCUUUAUCGUGAUCCUACUUUGACCCUUUAUUAUACAAAUCAGGGUAUAGAUACUGCAGUCCCGGUGUUGCUUGUUGAUGGUUAUAAUGUCUGCGGCUAUUGGCCGAAGCUCAAAAAACAUUUUAUGAAUGGAAGACUCGAUCUUGCUCGCCAAAAGCUAGUUGACGAGCUUAUAACCUUUGGAAUGCUAAGAGAGGUGAAAGUGGUAGUUGUUUUUGAUGCUAUGAUGUCUGGUCUUCCAAUGCACAAAGAAAAUUUUGCUGGUGUCGAUAUCAUUUAUUCAACUGAAACAUGUGCUGAUGCCUGGAUAGAGAAAGAGGUUGCAGCCUUGAGAGAUGAUGGAUGCCCAAGAGUAUGGGUUGUCACAUCUGAUCGUUGUCAACAACAUGCAGCACAUGGAGCAGGAGCUUUCGUUUGGAGCGCAAAGGCAUUGGUUUCAGAGAUUAAGACUUCACAAAAAGAGGUGGAGAGAAUGCUGGAAGAACACAAAUCAACCUCAGUACAAGGUAAACUGUUGAAGCACAAUCUUGAUUCUGGGGUAGUGGAUGCCCUUAAAGACCUUAGAAACAAGCUUUCCGAACUCGGUUGAAGUUGAUUCUUUUGUCACACAUUCGAUUCGAAUUUAUGUCGGUAAAUUACAAAGUUGUCUUUGUCAUGCUUCCGUUGAUUCGUCAAAAUCUACUGCACUGAAAUUUGAAAUAUCAUAAUCACAUGUGUUAACUGAACUAUUAGUUCACAAGCAAAUAACCUUUUCAUA